CUGAUCUUUUAUCAAUAUAAUAAAAAAAAAAUACAUUUUAGUAUUUUUGUUCCUAUAUAGGUUUUUAUAAAUAUGGAGUGUCUAAAUAUUCUGUUAAAUGAUUAUGUCUCUCGAGAUGCAAUUAUUCGAACCUGUAGUUAUGCAUCCCUGCUAUUAAGUGAAUACUCAAGUAAAGAUACUUCAAGGAAGUUGAAAAUUAUAAGUACAGAACUAAGUUACUGUAGAUUACUAAAUCGCCUUUUUGAUGAUGUAUCGAUGCUAAAGUAUACACUUCAGUAUGGUUUAGGAUCAAAAGAGAAUGGCAAACUCUUACGCUUGAUUUCUGUUCUCUUGAAUAUUGUUGACCAACUCUAUUUCCCAGUGGAGCAUUUUGCUUGGGCUGCUGAUAAGAAAAUUAUUGCUGCUGAUAGUAGUAUUCUUUAUAACCUCUCUUCUGGUCUUUGGGCAUUAUCAUGUUACUUAAAUAUUCUGAGAUCGUUACUCACACUGAGUCGAUUAGAAUCUUGCAAGAAUUAUUCAGACAAUGAGCUUCUUAGUCAAGUCUCAAGGCAACAACUUGGUGAACUAUUGGUUGCUUUUCGAAGUUCAGCUGAUUUUGUUAUUGCUAUUAGCUAUCUACCUCCAGGUACUUUAAUGUGGGCUGGUAAAUUGUCAACAAAAAAGAUUGCAUGGUGUGGAUUGCUGUCGUCAAUUUUGCGCCUUGUUUUGUUUUUCAGAAAUAUGCCUUAAAAUAUUCUUCAUUUUAUUUGUCUAGAAAGGCUAUUUUCAAGAUAAAUGUAAUUGUUAUUUAAUUUGUGCAGUAAAAAAUUUCUUUAAUUUUAUUUAUUUUUCUAUUAUAUACAGUUGUUAAUAUUAUAAUAUAUUUAUGUAUAUCGGAAACUAAACAAAAUGGUAUGAUUCGGGGAAAAAAAGGGGGUUGUGUUUUUAUUUUUGUAUAAUAUUUAUUUGUACUUAUGAAAAUUAUAUAUAUAUUUGUGUUAAAAUUUAUUUUACUAUUGCAAUCGUUGAUACUGUUUAUUUAUUCAGAAAUGUGUGUAUCUUAAGUAUUUCAUUACAGAAAUUUCUAACUUAAUACUUAAAGUAGGGUAACACUGUCUGCAACAAAAUAAUUCGUCCUAUAAAUUUUUUUUGUUAUAGUUUUUUUUUUCAUGAGGUAUAUUUUGCAUUUUCAUUAACUAAAUAUAUUUUAUU